UGGAAGAUCAUUGAACCAUAGGAGGGUCAAUAAAAGAAUAAAAAGUCACUGAUUAGUGAUUUCAGGACAAGGAACUGGAUCCUCGCUCAGUAUCAGUGUCCAUACGCCACUCACAACCGAAGGGGGAGUGUUUGACCAUCAGCAACUAGCCCUUCUCAGGAUGGCUUCUGGAAGACUCAUCAAGCUCCUGAUUUUUGAGCUUCUUGAGUUUGUUGCUUUCGCCACUCCCACGCUGGUGAUCGUGGAACAGUUUGCCACUGCCUAUCAAAAGAAAGCGGGUAGCCUCGGAAAAACGCAUUAUUGGCUGAUCGUUUCCUGUUCCAUUGCCUAUGUGGCUUCUGUGACUCUACUGGUAUGGGUUCCCGUUAAAGUUCUCUUAUACAAGAAGCAUCGCCUUUACAAAAAAAUUAAAGGAUGGAGACCUGUUAUGAUGAUGUGUGUUAUACUCACCACACUUCCCAGCUUCAGCUUUUCUAUCGCAGUGACCGAGGUUCAAAAAAAUAGUAGUGCUUCGACGAAUAGCCUUCCUGAGAAGUUACCUGACCUGCCUGUUUCUCUGGUUCUGACUUCCUUGAUUGUGGUUGAUAUUAUUGAAAAACUCAGGAUAUAUCCUCUUACAGGACGGCUAAAGAGAGAUGACAAUAGGUACAUCCAUACUUUGCAGCAAAUAAAAACUGUGACCGACCAAGUGAAGCAAAAUGAAGAAAGCACUUCCCCUCCGCAGCCAGCCAGGAGGACAGAGGUGUCACUGCCACCGUCAGCGAGGACACAGAACCCCUCUCCGGUUCUGGCGAGACCCCAAGAGCCCUCCUUUCACUCGGGAAUCCUGGGAGCAAUGUCCCGGCAGGAUGAUCGUGCCCAGAUCUUCCUGUGGAGCUUUCUGCUGUGGUCUGACACCAUAGAAAUGGUGCGCGUGGCUGGCCACGCCGAUGUGUACAAGUCGGGCUGGCUAUACCCAGUCUACAUAUUCAGUUUUAUCUCUCUCUUUCGAAUUAUAUUAACUCCUCAGAACCCUCUUCUGAAUUCCUUGGGCAUCCUUCUCCAGGAUAUACCCUUUAUUUUUGUUAGACUUAGUUUGGUCAUUGCCCUGGGAACUAUCACACCCAUAUUGGGCCUUUGUAAAAACAUCCUAGUGACUGUCUCUUAUGUGUACUUCAAUUACUUAACCAAAUUCAGGGCUUUCUCUACCUUCGAAACAUCUUCAUUCUAAAGAGAACAUGUAAUAUAGUCAAACCUCUUCAUGAUGCGUGUGUGCACACUUGUCAUUUUUUUUUUCUGGGGCCCAAGUUUUUGUACUAUAUAAAGAAAUGAGGAAUACAUUGUAGAGAAUACAAUUUUUUUUUUUAAAAAGAACUGUAGCAUAUCACUUUUUCAAAAAUGUAUUCAAAUGAUGUUAAAUCUCAGCAAAGUUUUAUUCUUUUGCUAACUCCCCUGGGUCUCUAGAAAAUGUUAGUCAUGUUAGUCCAUUAUGUAUACCACACUUUUUCUCAGAACACUCUCCAUGAAAGCCUUAAAAAAAUUAGAACAUGUAUUCCCACUAAGUUAAUUUCAACCAUGCAUUUGUGAAAAACAAUAUGUAAAAUCUUAAGAUUACCUCAGAUUAUAAUUUUUCGUCAAGUAGUAUUAGGUUCAAAAUGAGCAAAUACACAGAUGAAAGUUGUUCUGACUAUUGAUUCGUCAGGCAUUUGACCACCCCCCCCCCGAUUUUUCGUAGAACCUAAUUAUAGCACUCUGUUAAGACUUUAUGGAUUUGCUUUUCUGAGUUCCCCGUCGGUGUUUAAAUACUUAAUCUACCUCCUCUGUCAAUCCAACAGGAACUUGUAAUACUUAUAACUCUUAAAAAUGAGAAUUGAAAUAAUCUCUUUCAAAUUAUGCUAUGAUAAUCUUUUUUAAUUAAGGAAAACUUCUGGUGAAGUAGUUGAUUUGUAAUGUUCUUAAAUAUGAAAAUAUCUUAUAUACACUUAUAUUGGGAUUUAUAGUGUGAACGGUGCUCAAACUCUAAGGGAUUACUUAUUUGAGUUUAGAAUGCAUUUUGUGUCUCAUAUUUUGAAUAUGGAUAUACCUGAUAUAUUGGGAAGUCACAAUGCUUAAUACAAAUAGUAAAGUUGUGUAUGUGUAGUAGGAAGAUUAUUGAAUAACUAAUUUAAUAUUUUAUUUCAAGAGUAUGCACGUUUAUAAAGUUCAAGUCUAUUUUUUUUGUUUCGGUGCUUUUCAGUAUUUUGUUUAAUUAAAAUUUUUUUAAGUUGAAGAAUAGUUGACAUACAGUAUUAAUUUUAGGUGUGUAAUAGUAAUUUGAUAUUACAUACAUUACAAAAUG